AUGGGCCAACAGUCGCUGAUCUACAGCUUCGUGGCGAGAGGAACAGUGAUCCUCGCCGAGUACACUGAGUUCACGGGAAAUUUCACCAGCAUCGCCUCUCAGUGUCUCCAGAAACUUCCCUCCAGCAACAACAGGUUCACCUACAAUUGUGAUGGUCACACCUUCAAUUACCUAGUUGAAAAUGGAUUCAGUGAGUAA